GUGUUUGAGUGGAAAUGAUCAGGAAUUUACACACAUCUCACAUGUCAAAAACAGAAAUCUCUCUGUUCAAAGUGGGUCUGUAGUAUACAAGUUGAACGAAGACAAGUAUAUCGGCACUUUAGAACUAACUCAAUUUGAGUCUUUUUUAAACAUAACAUCUAAUUCUCCAUUCAUUAGAGAACCUUCAGAUGUUGCAUUGGUCCCCAAACCACAUGCUAAGGUUUGUACUGUAAGUAAAGAUGAAAGUCUUAAGGCGCAGGCUCAGACAAGCAAGGACAGUUCUCAAACAGCAACCGAGGUGCAGCUUGAAAACUUUAAUCUCCAGAACAAUUCUUCUUUAGGGCAACAUUUAAAUCAAGAAACAGAAAAUGCCGUUAAAGCCCUAGAACUUUGCAUGGCUGAGCCAAGCGAAUUAGUACAGGAUACAUGUAAAGACACAACUUCUAGUUCUGCAAAGAGUAUUGAACCAAGGCCUCAUGAUAAACAUUCAAACUCUCCUCAGCAUAAAGCCAUAUUCCAUCAAGAUACAGCAAAGGUCGGCCAGGUAAUCUCUUCUCCUCUUAAGAAACAUUUACCACCCAAAAAAUGGUUGUCGUUUGAGGUUUUCCCCAAUCCACCUUGUGCUUCAGGACAGGAUCUUGAUACGGUCCCAGCAAUUGGUAACACUGAGGUUCCUGUGUCACCAACAGCUCACAAUUACCGGGCAGCAUGCAUGUCAGUGCAACAUCCAAUGUGUUCAAACACACCUGCAUCUAAAGCUCAAGUUUCGAGCUCAGCGGUUCUAAAUGUUGAAUCUUUAAAAAAAUUAAUAGAUCGCCGAGCGCCAACUACCCUCGUUCAAGUAUCUACAUGUUCUGUCUCAGACGCACAUUCAUCCAGUAGUCCAUGUUCUUUAUCUGGAUCAAAAUAUUCUCAACCAUUUGAAAAGUCUUGUGAUGGUAUACUUGAUGUUUCAAGAGUGAUGACUUCAGAAAGUGGACCAGAUGUGACAGAAGCAACAAAGCCAAUGAGUUUUUCUGAUUUGAACAAGUCUUCUGGAAAAGCUGAAUCAAAUUCUAAUUCUUCAACAUCCAAUAUGGUAAGUCUUUAA